CUCCCGCUUGCCACUUUGGGCGACAAUCAGUCCCGCGCGGGCCCGGGAGGUGGCGCGUGUCUGUUGUCGAUCCGGUCUCGAACUCCAGGAACGGCAAACAAAAGCCCCUGGUUCGGAGCUCUCCCGUGCGUUUGAGAGACAGCGUCCGGGUAGGAAAGCGCGACCCGCCAAGCCUUAUGGGGGGUGGCGCUUGCUUCUUCAAACGGGCACCAGGUGGCCUUGCCACCCUCCUCGCUUCGACCUUCUCCGGACUGUGCUUCUCGAUGACACCAUCAACUUUCUUCUUUACCAAUCCGCCUCCCCGUUUUUGAUCUGUUCCCUGCCGUCCGGGUACCGCGCAAGGCAGGCAUGUGCACGCGACGUUCAUCAAACGCCGGCCACGAUGCUACAUUGAUUCAAUUAGUCAAUCAGAUGGAAGCCGCAAUCACGAUUGACACUGGUUCAGGCGCGAUGCACCGCAGAGGCAAUCAACCCUGCGAUGCGGACAACAAAGGAAGGGAGAGGGAAUGAGUUGUGUUUGUGUCGUCUACCCAGGAAGGCAUCGACCCUCGCCCCCCAGACACGCGCGCCCGGUUAAUCGGCCUCAUGACGAAAUACUUUAUGCGAACGUUGGAGCAGCGGCAACAACAGCCUGCAGACCUUGCCGGAUGCUCUUUUUGCCGGGCCCCUGGCGAGCGAAGCCAGUAUUCUGGAGACUUGGCAUCGAAUGCUACCACGGCAGGUCAAGCUAGCCUUGGCAAAUAUGAAGCUUUCCAAAGCUUUCCGGAGCGGCGAAAAAAAGGUGUGAUCAGAGGCUGAGCCGCCAUGUCGGGUCCUCCCCAUGCCGAGCUCUCUACCACUUUUCUUUUUAGUUUAAGCUCACCCCGUCCCGAUGUCGCGGUCGAGGAUCCAGGGUUGGUUGGUUUGUUCGGGGGUGGUCCGCGUCGAGAAAAAUCUGCCGUUUCGAACUGCACAGCCUCCCAGCCAAGAUCGACUAUCAGUCGCAUCGCGCCUUUUCCCUUUUACCUCCUUCUGUGUCUACCCACACAUAUAUGGCACAUGGGCGUUGCCCAAUCAGCCGCCCGUGCGCUUGGAACCUGCCGGGAAAAGCUUGCCCCAACUACCGCCGCCGGGGAAGGUUCACGCGAGGCAAGCGUCCAUCAAGCGAUCGGGGGACAGGGGAGGCCACGGGUUGCCUCUGGGAUGCCAAGGUUGUCAGGCCACCUCGGGGGCGUUUGUUUUCUGGCAUGCAUGAGAUGAGCAAUAUGCGCCGGCUGUCUGUAUGUACCUAUGUUGUGGGUUCAUAUAAAGAUGGCCAGCCCAUGCGCCCGUGUUCUGGGGUGAGCCUUGGGUCACCACCGCCAACUUUACGGAUCUUGUCGAUAGAGUCGCGAUCCAGGGUCAUCCUUCUCCCUUCUCUUCUAGCUUGUUGCUGAGAUCGCCGCCUGGUCGCCGGCGCGAACCCAUCUCUCCAACAGCCCGGUCUAUUGCAUAGACUGGCCGCCUCCUGGUCCCGGGGCUUCCUUCCAUUCUUUUCUUCCUCCUUCCCCCCUGUUCCCUCCUUCCUUCCAAGUUGUUCGAGAUGGUCCCCGGAAUCUUCAACAAGGCGGUGGAGUCGAUCGACGAGAACUCACCUGUCGAACCGCGGCCCUUUGAGCCGGUCGUGCUGGCGGGCCACGGCCGCAGCCCUAGCGACGCCACCACCAUCCGCCCCUUUACCGGCGCCUCCACCGCCAGCCCGGACGGCAGCAUAACUUCGUACAGCCACAGCAAGAACCCCUUCGCCACCCCGUCCCUUCGUAGCUUCUCCAGUCUGGCAACCGCCGUGGCGGUGCCCGUCGACGUCGAGGCCGCCCUGCGGCCCGACCCGGGCACCGAGGCCGACUUUACCGUCGCCGGCGACAACCCCUUCGCCUUCACGCCGGGCCAGCUCGGCAAGCUGCUCAACCCCAAGUCGCUCGACGCCUUCCGCGCCCUCGGCGGCCUCAGGGGCAUCGAGAAGGGCCUGCAGACCGACGUCGCCUCCGGCCUGAGCGUCGACGAGACCGCGGCGCCGUUCCGCGUCUCGUUCGACCAGGCCGUCGGCGGCGGCGGCCUCCCCCAGAAGAGCAUCGAGAAGUCGGGCAACCACAAUGCCGCCGCCGCCGCCGCUGCGGGCCGCUACGCCGACCGCUCCAGGGUCUUUGGCAAGAACGUGCUGCCGUCCAAGAAGGCCACGCCCAUCUACAAGCUCAUGUGGGCGGCGUACAAGGAGAAAGUGCUGAUCGUCCUGAGCGUGGCGGCCGCCAUCUCGCUGGCGCUGGGCCUGUACGAGACGUUCCGCCCGAACCACAAGACGAACGAGGUGCGGGUCGACUGGGUCGAGGGUGUGGCCAUCUGCAUCGCCGUCAUCAUUGUCGUCGUCGUCGGCGGGCUUAUGGACUGGAACAAGGAGCGCGCGUUUGUGCGGCUCAAUGCGAAGAAGGACGACCGCGAGAUCAAGGUCAUCCGGUCCGGCAAGUCGCAGCUCAUCAACGUGGCCGAGCUUGUGGUUGGUGAUGUGGUGCAGCUCGAGCCGGGCGACGUGGCUCCCGUCGACGGAAUCUUCAUCAGCGGCCACGACGUCAAGUGCGACGAGUCCUCGGCAACGGGCGAGUCGGACGCGCUCAAGAAGAUGGGCGGCGAGCAGGUGAUGCGGAUGCUCGAGUCCGGGACACGCGCCAAGAACUUGGACCCGUUCAUCAUCUCGGGCGCGCGCGUGCUCGAAGGGGUUGGCACAUACGUCGCCACCUCGGUCGGCGUCCACUCGAGCUUCGGCAAGAUCAUGAUGUCGAUCCGCAUCGAGGCUGAUCCCACGCCGCUCCAGGUCAAGCUCGCCGGCCUGGCCGUCAACAUCUCCAAGUGGGCCGUCAGCUCGGCCUCGUUUCUGUUCUUCGUCCUGCUUUUCCGAUUCCUGGCCAACCUGGGCAACGAUGCGCGUGAGCCGUCUGAGAAGGCCUCCUUCUUCCUCGAGAUCUUUAUCGUCGCCAUCACCGUCAUCGUUGUCGCCGUGCCCGAGGGCCUCCCCCUUGCCGUGACCCUCGCCCUGGCCUUCGCCACGAAGCGCUUGCUCAAGGAAAACAACCUCGUGCGCGUGCUGCGCUCGUGCGAGACCAUGGGCAACGCCACGACUGUCUGCUCCGACAAGACGGGCACCCUGACCACCAACAAGAUGACGGUAGUCGCCGGCACCUUUGGCAGCACAAAGUUCACCAAGCCUGGCGGCGCCACUACCCCAUCCUCGUCCGACUCGGAUUCAGAUUCUUCGGCCAUGAACGUCGCCCAGUGGUCGUCUUCCAUCUCACCUGCCGCCCGCGCUGCCAUUGUGCAGUCGGUGGCUGUGAACUCGACGGCAUUCGAGGGUACUGACGACAACGGGCAGCCCACCUUCAUCGGCUCAAAGACGGAGACGGCUCUGUUGCAGCUUGCGCGAGACCACCUAGGCCUGCAGUCGGUGCAGGAGGCGCGAGCCAACGAGUGGGUUGUGCAGAUGAUGCCUUUCGACUCGGCCAAGAAGUGCAUGGCUGCUGUUAUCGGGCUGCGCGGCGGCGCGGGGUAUCGUCUGCUCGUCAAGGGCGCGUCCGAGAUCCUGCUGGAGUACUGCGACAAAAAGGCCGGCGUGUCGGGCCCCUCGUUCUCGGCGGAGGCGCUCGAUGUGACGGACCUCACCGCUUCGGACACGAUGGCCCUGCGAGCGACCAUCGAAGCGUACGCGCGCGGGUCCCUGCGCACCAUCGGGCUCGUGUAUCGCGACUACCCGUCGUGGCCGCCGCCGGGCGUGCACGCGGACGAGGACGGGCACGUCAAGCUGGCGGAGCUGCUGCGCGGGCUCGUGUUCCUGGGCGUCGUGGGGAUCCAGGACCCGGUGCGACCGGGCGUGCCCGAGGCCGUGGCCAAGGCCAAGAAGGCGGGCGUCGCCGUCCGCAUGGUCACGGGCGACAACGCCGUCACGGCCAAGGCCAUCGCGACCGAGUGCGGCAUCUACACGGACGGCGUCAUCAUGGAGGGCCCGGCCUUCCGCGCGCUGAGCGACGCCGACAUGACGGCCGUGGUGCCGCGGCUGCAGGUGCUGGCGCGGUCGUCGCCCGAGGACAAGCGCGUGCUCGUGCGCAAGCUCAAGGCGCUCGGCGAGACGGUGGCCGUUACAGGCGACGGCACCAACGAUGCGCCGGCGCUUAAGGCGGCCGACGUGGGUUUCUCGAUGGGCAUCUCGGGCACCGAGGUGGCCAAGGAGGCGUCGCAGAUUGUGCUCAUGGACGACAACUUCAGCUCAAUCAUUGUGGCGCUUAAAUGGGGCCGCGCCGUCAACGACUCGGUGCAAAAGUUCCUGCAGUUCCAGAUCACCGUGUCCAUCACGGCCGUCAUCCUGGCCUUUGUCAGCGCCGUCACGCACCCAGAGAUGAAGUCGGUGCUGACUGCGGUGCAACUAUUGUGGGUGAACCUAUUCAUGGACACGUUCGCCGGCAUCGUGCUCGCGACAGACCCCCCGACCGACAGUAUUCUCAACCGACCGCCGCAAGGCAAGGCGGCACCGCUCAUCACCAUGAACAUGUGGAAGAUGAUCGUCGGCCAGUCCAUCUUCCAGCUGGCCGUAACGGUGACGCUCUACUUUGCGGGCUCGCGCAUCUUCGGGUUCGACCCGUCCAACCGCGACCAGAUGCUGCAGCUGUCGACCAUGGUGUUCAACACGUUUGUGUGGAUGCAGAUCUUCAACGAGCUCAACUGCCGCCGCCUCGACAACGGCUUCAACAUGUUCGAGGGCCUGCAACGCAACCCCUACUUCAUCUGCAUCAACCUCUUCAUGAUCGGCUGCCAGGUCGCCAUCGUCUUCGUCGGCGGCGCCGUCUUCAGCGUCACGCCCAUCGGCCCCGCCCAGUGGGCCGUCUGCAUCGUCCUGCCGCUCUUCUCGCUGCCCUGGGCCAUGGUCGUGCGCUCGUUCCCGGAUGCGUGGUUCGAGAGCGUGGUCGGCGUCGUGGUCGCGCCCUUUGUGCCGGCCUACGCCGGCCUGGCAAAGGUGUUUGCCCCGCUCUCGAGGCUGGUGUUGCGCAAAGGCGCCUCCGAGGGCGACGCGGAGAAGGGGCGGUCAUGACACGUGCGUCCGGCUGGGGAUAUUGUCCCCGCUUAAGCGCCGCUCGCUGCUCCUCCAACUCGACCAUUUCAGGGUCUGGGGGCAGGUUCGCCCACACCUCGUCUGGCACCAUGUCACGCUUCGCUCGAGGAUCGCGGGUAAUGCUGACGUGGGCGAACAGUUUAUACAGCUGAUCUUCCGUCUCUUCUUCGAGGAAGGUGUUCUGCAAAUCGAACUUGACUUUUUCGUUGAGGUAGGCGCCGUGGAAAGUGGAGAACUUGGGAUCGUGGCGCAUCAUCUGGUCUCGGACAACGUCCGGAGCACUUUCGGCUCACGCCCUGACGUUGUCUGAUCGUCAUUGAUCAUCGACUUGCGGCACUGCAGCAGGAGGUGUGCUAUCAAUUGGCUCCACAUGGUCGCGCUGGGAUUUGCGACAUCUGUGGCGCGUCUUGCCCAAUAGCCAUCGUCUCAUCGCCUGUCAGCGGCUCUUGCGCCACAAGCGCGGACCUGCACUUUCAUAUGGCGACGCCGGUCCGCAGGUUGCCUUGUCAUACCAGACAUCUGCAUCCGGUGCUGCUUUACAGAUCCGGCUGAUCCACGAUGGUGCUCUACUGUCUCCAUUAUUAGAACGCUACCGCAGGGAGUUCACAUGCCUGACCCCGCGUGUCCCUUUGUCAGCUCACUAGAUCCCCUUGUUCUUUUCUUCCCUUGCUAUCCCACGUUUUUCUCGUUUCCCUCUCCCGACAGCUUUCGCCUGUCACCAGACCAAGCCCUCUUCCUCGCAAGCCCUGUCGUCACCAUUGAGUCCUUUCUCCUACAUGCCGCAGUUUACUCGCACCCUUUUACAAUCGUUAUUUGAGUUUCUUAUUCACUGCUUUUAGGGACAGCGACAGCAUAGCAGAGCACCUGGUUCUCCUAUGGCCGCGUAGCCGAGUCGACACUCGUACGAACCGUCGUAUUUUAUUAGAUAGAUCUUCUUCAAGCCUCUCUUUUAAACAUGUUGCUCAUAUCAUUGCAAACAAGCUCGACCUGCUUUGCAGUGUAGUCAGGCCGUAGGGCCGAUUGGCCGCCCUGUUUCAACGAUUGGUCCUACUGAUCCGGCACUCUGUUACCCCGCUUCAAGCCGUUGAGUCUAUUCUCAAGUAUCGUCGGGUGCCUCCGUGUGACACAGAAAGGCACGACUAAGGCGUGAUGUUCGACGCGCAAGGCACCCAUCCCUCGUGGGUGCCCUUAGUGGCGAUAUGUUGCCACAGAGAUCGAAUGUUGUUGUACUCAGGCGAGAGAAUCGUCGUACCCGGACGGGAGUUGAGGACGAGGUAGUGCAAAAAGGCUUCGUCCCUGAAUGAAAGAAGCUUGGGGUCGAGGUCUUUCCAACAGGCACUCUUCGCCGAAUCCUCGCUAGAGCGUACCGCCUGGGACGACACUGUGUAUACAACCUCUCUUGCUUGACCGGGCCAGUUGAAAAAAUAAUCCCCGUGGCAGGCUAC